AGAUCACAAGAAAUUAUGCAAAUAGACCUACCCUUCUAUAACGAGCAACCUGCGGAAAAAGAUUUGAAGGAGAGAGAAAGCUCUUCACCGGAUGCUCCAGUCGAUCAAAUAGUUACCUGUAUCGCCCAAGUUUUAAGGGAAAAUGAACCAAUUGAUCAAACACAGCAGAUCGACGAAACAAUAUUGGUUCAACAUCAUAUGCAUCAAAUACCAGAUAUAGUGGUUAUUCAACCGGAAGUUCAACAGCAAUCGGAAGUUUCUGUGCAAGUUGUGCCUCAAGAUACGUUGAUGCCGGAUGUACAACCGGAAGUAGUACCCUCCGAAUUUACUAUAGAAGUUGAGCAACCAAGAAACGCUGCGCGACCUAGGAAUGUUGUGGGUAGUUCUGAGGAGGAAAGGAUACGCCGAAUUCGUAAACAAUACGAAACAAGUCCUGUAGAAUCAUUAGAAGUUGGGCCAUUGCAAAAUUUUAUAAAUCGUAAAAGACGUAUACCACGUUUUGUAAAAAUAAAUCGUUGGAACUAUGGCGACAGUUAUAAAAGGAAAUAUCCUUCCAUAGAAACAUUGAUAAGAGCAGCAGUAAAACCAGAUCCUGCAUUUGCAGUAUUUAAGCCGGAAAUGGUUUUUGAUGAUGUAAGAGGUGUUCACUCAAUAUCCGGGCAAACAACUAGAGGAUCAUCUUUGAGAAUCUCUGCCACAGACCGAACAGACUCAUUGGGAACGCCUCAAGCCGACCUUGCUAAAACAUAUAUGUAUCAAUCAACACCUCUCAAGAGACCAUCCAGUCAAGAGGUUGAACUUGGAUCACAUGGAAAACAGCAAAAAUUGAUGGAAUUGGAGCCUUCCUUAAUUGAAAACAUACAAGCACCAGUACUGGAACAGGUGUCUGUUUCAAUUGUUCCAAUGGAACAAGUUCCAGAGGUUUCAGCCAUACCAGGACAGGAUACCUUGGCAGAACAACCCAUUGCCCAUGUGGAACAGACCUUAGUUGAAGAACACGUUCCUGUACCUGUUCUCAUGGAGAGAGAUAUUAUUGAGGAAGUGAUCCCUAUAGAAGUUAGGGUUGAAGAACAAUUAAUAAUCCCAGAAUUGGAAAAAACAACUACAGUAGUGGAAAUUGCACCGACGGUUAAGAAAGUUGAUCCCAAAGUUUAUUUUGAAAAUAGGCACAAGGGAAUUUUAAACAAAGUUAAAAGUUGGAAUAUAGAAGAACAAGGUAUUUUGGGUUUGGAAGAAAUAGCAGAAAAACCGUUAACAAAAUUAACAGUAGCCAGAGCAUUUUCCGACGUUUUGCAAUUAUGCAAAUUAAGAUAUUUGGUAUUAUACCCUGAAGAAGAUUCCAACCAGUUAAGAAGCAUUGAAAAAGGUUCAAAAUUAUGUUAGAACAUUAUUAAAAUGCACCCCUGCACUCAUUUGUUGAUUUUUUCAU